AUGAGAAUUCACACAAUAGCACUAAUCGGACUAAUAACAAGAAGACUUGUUUCUACCAUUGACAUGCGCUACUGCGGGUUAUUGCAUGAGAUGAACUCAUUGCAAAGUGCGAUCUGCCACCUAUACAGAAAUCAGAUUGGGUUAAGACAGCCCUGGCUACUUGGACAGAACUUUCCGCCCACCCAGAAGCUAUCAACUCAUUUGUUGCGGCAGGGUUAUUCAUACCCCAUGACAAGCGUAGCAUUACACGCUCGCUUAGGGCUGGCUGGUUAUAACAAUCCAAGCCAACCAGGCAGCUUGUGCGGUGACAAAACGCUGUUAUUAUGCAUGCCAAAUACCCCAUCUACACCCAGCACACCUACUAAUAAAAACACAUACAAUCCAUACAACACUACUCCCAAUUCGCCUACUAAUAACAAUACAUACAAUCCGUACAAAACUACUCCCGAUUCACCUACUAAUAACAAUACCUAUAACCCAUACAACGCUACACCGGAUUCACCUACUAAUAAUAACGCCUAUAAUCCGUAUAAUAAUGGGCCUGGAUCAUCUAUUACAGAAAAAGAAGCGCACAAUAACAAAAAAGAAGUUAUUACAGACAAGUCCAACUUAGUAAUUACAAUAGGAAGCACCGAUAAGCACGGCAAUUCUGUUAAUGACAUUAUAUCUCGAAUUGUAAUUAAGAAGCCAGAGAGUGAGCACAAUUUGGCAACAAAUAGUAAAAAUAAUAAUUUACAUGAGCGAGGUGAACCAGCACCACAGUUCUUUGACCAAAAUAGCCAGUUCAAAAACACCCAAAGCAACAACCAACCCCGAAUAAUGCCAAGCAACAGAGAAAACCCAGGAACUCCUUCUUUGGCAGAGCGGCCAGUAAAUGAUAUGUCUGUCAAUGCAUCUUUACAUGCAGAAAAGCACACUAACACAGAAGAAGGCCGUGGCAAAUUGAAUAUAAAUUCUAAUAAUACUGGGGAAUCUCUACAUGAGGAUCUUGAAAUAGAUUAUCGGGCAGAAAAAGAGCAAAGCUACACUCCAGAAAAGAGAAAACUGCGCCUAAAUCCCACCAGCACUAAAAAGAAAAGUUACAAGCCGCAAAAUCGCCAUAAGUUGGAAAAGAGCAGAAAGACAUUUAUACCCCGUCAUAAUAAAGAAAAUGACAACACUGCACAAAACAGUCCAAUUGAUGAUGAGAGUGAUCCUAGCUAUAAAGAACUACCCUGCCCAGACUGUGAUGCUGACAACUCUUCAAAUACAUCCAGUGACUCUGGCGCACAUAUCCAAUCCAGUAAGAGCAAGAACAAUUUGAAAAAGGAGUUAAAAAGGCAAAAGAAAUUAAUCAGAAAGGAAAUUGAAAACCAGUUUAAAGAGAAGGAAAAAGAAAUAAAAAAGCAACUGGAUGCUAUAAAAAGACAGAAAAAAGAAGACGAAAAGCUUCUGAAAAAACUGAAAAAGAUUAAUGAUUCAAAUUAUAACAAUCCAGCCGAUGAAACUCCCUGGAAAAGAGAAAACUCCUAUGACAGCGACUAUCCUGAGACUGUGCCAGACAGAAAAGGAUAUUCUGAUGAUGACGAUGAUGUUCCUCUACCCUCCAGACACUCCAGCAGCAAUAAAGAAACCCUUCAAAGAAUAGAACGGGCUUUAUACGACCUGGAGAGAAAGACCCCUCAAAAGCAAACCAAGCAUCACUAUAUCAAAGCAGUAUCAGAGCCAGAGCCAGAAACCAGCAUAGUAUACAGCACUCCUCCAGAGCCCGUGAAUUAUAUAGAAAGAAAACACUAUAUAUUUAAUAAUAGCCCACCCGCGGUAAAGAAAACAAAACCGGUGGUAUACAUCAGAGCCAGUAGCAUACUAUAAUAAACUCUCAGAAUAAUCAA